GACGGGCUAGCGAGAGGGCGGACAGCUCCGCUCACUGCUACUGGACGACGAGGGCCAGGGGGCGGAUCUCGACCAAAGCAAAGCAGCGGCGGUGGCGCCCACAUCCCUCCUCUCUCUCCUCUCCGCAAAGAAAGCGAGAGAGAAGAGAGGCUUGGGAGGGCAGAUUUAUUCCCGGCCGGCUGCCCCCGCUAUCGACAGCUCGAGUUUCACAUCCAUGCAGCGCGCGCGGAUCAUCUCUCCAUGGCCACGGCGGAAUCGACGGCUCCCGCUGCAGGGGCGCGCCCACGACCACUCGACCGCGACGUCCCGCCGCCUUCGGACAUGACCCUCGACUCCCACGACUCUGCCCCGCCCGACGGUGCCACGCCUCCGAGGAAGAAGCAAAAGCGGAACAAGCCCACUCUCAGCUGCGACUGCUGCGUCGAGCGCAAGACCAAGUGCGAUAGGGCAAGGCCGCAGUGCCUGGCCUGCCAGAAACGACAGACCACCUGCCGCUACUCCGAGGUUGCCAAUCUCAUCGCCUCCACCGCAGAUCGCAAUGGCGGCCGCGCCACCAGCAAGCAGCGCAAACAGGCCCAGCAACGCGCUAGCCUAGGCGUCACCACCCCUACGUCAGAGGCCAUAAGGUUGAUUUUUAUAUCACGUGAUCCUGCCAUAAUCACGCUUGCGCUGUGCUGAACGUCCGCAUCAAUUGGAGUAUCGGCGUGUGCAAGUUGGCAAUAAUAUAGUCAGAAGAUCGCCGGGCUGACUGAACUAUGACUAUCAGGGAUUCGCCAGGCCUCAGCAAUAUCGGAGCCAAUCAUUGUCUUCGACGUCCUCCGUACAGAACUUGCUCUCAAAUGUUCCUU